GGCCGAGCGAGAAGGCGACGUUUGUGGAGCCUGGCAACUCAAGGACAGGAAAGGUCACAGAACAGGAUUUUUACAUGGCCGAUUUCCUGUUGUGUGGGCUCGACGUGCGCCCCGCCCUCCGCAGUCUGGCAGCAGUUCGUGGCGCCGUGUUGGUGUCGGACCAUUUCCCGUUGAGAGCGGAACUGGUGAUCGCGACCACUGGGGCUCGACAGAAGGCUCCGCGAAGGAAUGUAGAGGCGUUUGAGCAGCCAGAGAUUCGAGAUGCUUUCGUAACCGCUUUCAAUCAGGACCUGGAUGACCACGGCGGCUGUGAGGAAACUGCUAGCGAGGUUUGGCGGGUGGGGGAAGCCGCCGUCGCUGCGGCCGCGGCCGCCCUGCCAGACAGGCAGAAGAG